GCCCUCUGCUGGUCGUGUUCACUUUUACAGCCUGCAGAAAGUUUACAGCACAGUUUAAACUCUGGGCUGCAGAUUAGAUUUCUGUAUAUUUAACAAUCCGUUUUGAGCAGCAGAGACUGAAACAUUUCCUUGAACUGAAGAUUCGUUAGUCUGUAAAGUUCCUCCGGGUUUAGUGCUGGUUAGCAGCUUCAGUAAUCCGGAGUCAAACCCGGUUUGGUCUAUAUUUAACUAACUAAACAGGACGGACUUUAGCGGAAUAACCACAAACAGAGCAAAACUACCGAAGCGAGAGAGCACGCUUCACCCCGGGGUCCAGCGCAGCUACUUUUACAUAAAUACAGAAACAUCUGAAGACUUAAAUCAGAAGGAACCCGAGUCUGGGUCCAGGGCACUUUCCUGCUCCGCCUACCCGCCUGACAAAUCGCUGAACUCGGCUACAAACCCAAGCAUGGCCCGGCCUGCGACUCUCGAGCACUACAAGGCCGGCAUGUUGCUGAGUGGUGUUGGAGAUGCUCUCGGCUACAGGAACCAGCUGUGGGAAUACAAUGAGUCUGGCCCAGUCAUACACCAGGAACUGAAGGAGCUUGGAGGGCUGAAGAACAUCACAGCUAAGCUGCCCGACUGGCCGGUCAGUGACGACACCGUCCUUCACCUGGCCACUGCUGAGGCUUUAGCCACAGGAAAGGAAGGGGAGGAGCUUCUGCAUGAAGUGGCUUCACGUUAUGUGGAGGGAAUGAAGGACAUGGAGGGAAGAAAGCCCGGACCCUCCAGCAUUCUGGGUGUAUCUCAGUUAAAACCAGGAACUGAAGGGGGGUACAGAGUGCUGUAUAACCCAGAAGGCACGGGAUGCGGUGCUGCUAUGAGGUCUAUGUGUAUCGGGUUGAGGUACCCACGGCCCGAGCAGCUCUCCUCACUGGUGGCCGUUGCUGUCGAGACGGGGAGAAUGACCCAUCCACAUCCAACAGGAUUCUUAGGUGCAGUCGCGUCAGCAUUAUUCACGGCAUACGCUGUACAGCGGCGUCCAAUCAUGACCUGGGGGCUGGGCCUGGUGAAGGAGGCGUGUCCAGUAGCGAGGGAGUUUGUGAAAACAGCAGGAUAUGCCGUGAGCGAGACUGAGAGAGACUGGGGAUACUUCACAGAGAAAUGGGAAUGGUAUCUUGAUUUGAGGGGAUUGUCUUCAGGAUCUGGUCCAGUGCGAUGGCCAGAGCAGUACGGCCCUGCUGAACGUGACGAGGCCUACAAGAGCUUCAGUCUGUCUGGGUGGGCAGGACGCAGUGGCCAUGAUGCACCAAUGAUAGCACUGGAUGCCCUGCUUGGGGCGGGCUCAGACUGGGAGGAGCUAAUGAGUCAGGCGGGAUUCCAUGGAGGAGACAGUGACAGCACUGCUGUGAUCGCCUGCUGCUGUUGGGGGCUGCUGUACGGAACAGAGGGGGUUCCAGAGUGUAACUACAGCAGCCUGGAGUACAGGGACCGACUGGAGAACAGUGCGGAGAAACUUUACGCACUGUCACACUGAAGCACAGUAGAAACUCACUGUUCUGCACAGAAGAUUGGUUCUAUAGUUUUUUAGACUAUAACACUAUUUAUAGAACACAAGACUAUGUAGCCCUGUGUCUUAUUAAAAAGCUAGUCUGUGAUUGUACCUUUUUAAUGUCUUAAAUUCUACAUUAAAUGUGGAAUUUGUGGAAUCUGUAAUUAUUAAGACAGAAAACUAUGACUAUUUGUUUGUUCAGGUAUUAAUUAGAGCUGCUGAAUGUAUUGUUGUGUAGCAGCAUGGCUCUUUACACAAAUUGUGCCGUUGUGCAGGUGGUUAAAGUGGUUCUGUACCCUUAAAAUAAACGGGUUCAGUAUGCUGGUGGGGAAGCCCUGCCUCGAUGAGGAGAUCUGUGCAAGUGCAGUAACCAGAGUUUUUUUUGGGUAUUAAGGUGCCAAACUGUUCAAACGACUGAAGUUUUUGUCAGAUUUUAUCAGUGAUUUAAAAUAUGUUGUUUAAUGGACAGAAGGCUGGUGUUGUAUGAGUGAAUAGAACUGCUCGCCAGAGGAACUGACUUGCCUGUAUGUUAAAAUGUGACCUACAGUUUAGGUUGCUGUAAAUGAAUUAAAUAAAUGUUAACAAACAUGAUUAAACUAUAAAUGUUCGCACCUUA